AUGGAACUUGCAGUACUUUUUUGUGGAGGUUUCCAAGGAGAUUCGAUGUCAACAAGCGACACCCAUUCACCCUCAUUGCUGUGUCAGACAGACAAAAUAAACGCUAGUCUGGCAGACAUGAGUGAGCUCUUGGGUCGUCAGGACUGUAUCGAAAGCCUCCGAAAAGACCUGGUCGACCUUCAAGGUGCGAUUCUGGACGUCUUUUCUAGAACCGGACCAGUCCGCUUCCCCUCCUGGAAGUUCCCCGAUAAACUCUCCUGUAAUCUGGACAUGGUGGCUCUGCUAGGGCAAUAUGACUUUGUGGAUGGGGAGGAUGCAUUCAAUCAACACUCCCAUAUUGUCUUACUGGAGCUCAUGAUUGACAGACUACUGCUCCUUCUACAAAGCUUCAGUUCUUAUGUCGAGCAACUGAGGAGCAGCCAGAGGAGAGAGCAAUCCCAGCAGAAAGGGUGCCUGUCAGUUGGUCUUGUAGUCAGAACCUACUGGAGUAAUUUAGUUCAAUUUACCAGCUUUAAGGGGACCUUCCAAGGCAUCAAGAAACAGACAAAUCCAAAGACAUUUGACAGUGAUGAGAUAGAGACAGUGUCAUCUGUUUAUCCACAAAUGAGCUCAAGGAGUGAUGGUUGCAGACGCUGUUUAUCUACCUGUUCUUCAACAAGCUCCUUUAAGUUUUUGCCACAGAAUCAUGUACCCUCCAGUCCUACCCACAACACCCCGUGCCAUCUUAAAGCUGACAGUCACACUGUAAGCUGCCAGACAGUCGAAUCAUCCCUCAUUCCCUGUGAUGCCUGUCAUCGAGUGCAAUUGGUUUUGAGAAAGACAGGAGAUGCUUUGGUAGAACUGUUUCAGAGUGAGGGCCUGCCGUCCUCUCUGCAGCCACUCUUAGCUGCUGUGGAGGAAACCCUGGAGCUGGGACACAUGACAGCAGGGGAUGUCACCCAGUGGGCCAACGAGCAGCUCAGAGACAUGCGACGGCUGGCAAAGCAUUUGCAAGAUGUGCGUGGUACAGUACACCCUCUUAAAGAUAGACUAGCAAUAGCAGAGGCAGAGCGGGAGAGAUUCAGGUCUCAGCUGGAAAGAGCACGGAAAGAGUUCAAGCAAGACAUGGAAAAACACCAGGCAACCAUAGUCCAGCUGGAGUUUUCACUGCGGAAAGCACAGAGAUCCGUGAAAGAAACAGAGCAGAGGCUACAAGAGGCGCAACAACAACUCAAGACAGAAACUUUGUCCUUGGAGGAGAGUAAUUCCAGUCUGAUGGAGAAAGUAGCAGUGCAGCAAGAUACAUUACAAGCACUUGAAUGUGAAAAGAAGGCGCUGCAGGAAAAAGUGGAGUCCUUGCACUUGGAGGAAGAGGCCUGUUGUAAACUACAACAAAGGAUCCAGCAACUAGAGAGUCAGAUCUCUGAAACUCAAGUCCUUCUUGACAAGGAGAAUGCCAAGUACCACAGCGCUUGUCGUCAGCAAGAGUCGAUGCAGGCAAAGCAGAAAUCUUUGUUGGAGAGGGUGGAUGCUCUUGAUGAAGAGUGUGAAGAGUUGCAGAGGGAGCUGGGAGAGAGAGAGGAGAGACAGAUCGAGCUACACAAUGGGCUGCAACAGAUGUCAGAGGAGAAGGAACAACUGCAGGCUCAGCUCGCUCAACAGCAGGAUUUGCAUUUAGAUCUUCAAAAGGAGAAGCAGACGCUAGAAACAAACAUAGGCGAGCUAAAGAACAGUGUGGCUGAGCUGAAGGAAUAUGUGCAAGCUUUAAAGGAGAGGGAGAGGCUGUUGGUGGCUUUCCCAGAGCUCAGCCCCCUGGCUCAGGCCCAGCCACAGAGUACAGGAAAUGUGCUCUUGGAUAUGGAGCAACAACUGCAGGCAAAUUGCAUCCGUAUAAAAAUUCUGGAGCAGGAAAAUACCACCCUACACAGCAGCCUUGAGAGACUGAGGGAAAGAGCACAACAUAACACUGCAAGGGAAGCCUGGCCUCAGCAGACAUGGAGCCCCUCUCUGCAAACCACACCAGGGGAAAAACAACAGAAUCACCUGACACUAAUACAAAACAGCCCACUGCAGAGCAGCAGUGCAGCACGGCUGGGAUACAGUAACAGAGGGAAGGAUGCAAGAGGAGGAGAAAGUGGUCGGGAGUCAGAGGAUCGCGUGUCCCCUGCCGCUGCCCCCCCUUCGUCCCUGCAAAUUCACCUUCAAACCCUUAACCUCAACACUCCACACUCCACUGUUGCUAAAAGCUGUACAGACACACGCAGUGCUUCUCUCCUCUCUCACUCCAGAGGCUUGAAUCAGAGGAGAAAAUAAAAGCCAGAGGGCACAAAUGCACCUAGACAGUUUUGCAGUCGAAGAGAACGCAGCUUUGUGCAAGGAUUUUUGGGCAAAAACAAUGUGGUUAAUAAAAUGAUUAUUUUUUACAUGGUGUCUUAUUGUACAUUAUAACACAUUGAUGUUUUUGAAAUUUCAUUUUGUCAUUGUGUACACUUAUGAGAGAGGUAUGUAUAUAGAAGGAGGACUAUUUCAGUGCUAUUAAAACUAGGUGUAUGAUGGCAAUUGCAUAUCAGGUUACUGGAUACACGAUAUGCUUCAGCAAACAAAAGUAUCUGAAUAGGAGGCCUUCACAGCAGAUGACUCAAAUGCUCCUGAGUAAAUGGGCGGUGUGUACAACCUUUAAUGUCGCCACAAACAAUGACACGGAGACAGAUGUGCAAUCUGAAAAGGUUGGGGAGUGGGAGUUUCCAUGGAAACACAAGUGCCUCCAGGAUUCACAGCAUUCACGCUCUGCUGAAUCACUCCAGUACUUUUGCUCAGUCACUUACAUAAUAUAAUCUAUCACUUAGACUACACACUGUAGAUGGUUGUCAGUUGUAUCUGUUUAUGCACCCCACAUCAUGAGGCGUGUUUUGCAGUGGUAAUUUUAGAUGCCGUGAGCUCAGUUGUGUAAUCCGAGUGUAGUCCGAGAGACUGGUGCUUGUGUCAGAGCUGUUAUAGUCAAUACACUUGCAAACACCUGAUUAACAAUAGUAAUCAUCUUAGCACCAACACUCUGAUCUCUCAGCAGCACCACCUGAAUGAGCACCUGCUCGAUCAUUUCAUUCACUUAACAGAGAGUUCGUGACCUGAGCGUUAAUCCUUUAAUUGGGUUAACGAUACAGCUGUGUCAUCAAGCAUGUAAUCAAAGUUGAUCUUAAGCUCUCUCCACCAGGCCACACAUGCCAAUGAGAAAUAUUAAUUUAGAUUAACUUUAAGUGGUUUUAUCCUUGUGUUAUAUCCUUCCUUUAUUAUCUGUGUGUACAAAUUGAAAUUAUGUGUCCUUCGUUAUAGUUUUCUCCUUCUUCGUUUUGUGAAUAUUAAGAUAAGUGUGUUACACCAACUCAAAGCUAAUGUGAUGAUAAGAUUUUCUGCAACAAUUUAGAAAUUAUUUUCAUGAUUGAUGUUUUCUAAAUUUGAGAUGAUCGGUUCUCUGAGAGGAAACUUCAGUCGGACUACUCCACAAUUUAGAUUUUUGUAAAUGCUGCUUCAAAACAUUUAUUUUUUAUUUAAUACCACGGUCGUUGCAUUUUAUACAGACAUACACAAUAACAGAAAGAUCAGAGACCUUAAUGUGCAAGUACAAUGCUAUUCAGUAGUAAGAAAAGAACUGGAUCGUUUGUAACUGUGCGUCCUGGCACAAAAAAGACAGAGAAAGAGGUGAGAGAACGAUCAGCCUAAAAAAAGCACCACAGUAUUUAUAUCUGUCGCUGGCCCUGACAUCAAAAGCAUAACUGUGACACAAAAUUACCAGACAAUAGUUUUCAAAUGGUGUGCAAAGUUGUACAAAAUUCUCCUGAACCCUACUCCUUUCUGUAACUAUGCCAAAAUGCCUCUUACGGUACAUUCUCCUCUGUGUUUGUGUUUUGGUUUCAUAAUUAGAAAGCAUGACGUCCUGUAUAAGAGUUUUUAUCUAACAGACACAUAAAUUAAACAACUAAACCAUUCAGACUACUUUAGCUUUGGAAGUCAGUCUGCAUUGAUUACAACAUGUUUAAGGCCAUUGGUUUCUUAUGUAACACAUGCAAAUACAAACUGAAAUGAAAAAAGGUGAGAAACAGAAUAAAAAUGUAUAUUUGUGAAAAAAAAAAAAA